AUGAAGACGAAACGACGUAAACACGGUAAACUCACAGAUUGCGUGUUUAGGGUUUCACGAAAAGGAAACAACAUUGAAAAGUUUGUACCGAAGAAUGAGAGAGACAGAAAUAAAGCGAAGAAAAGGCGAGUGGAAGUUGAUGAAGGCAGCAGUGAUGUCACUUCAUUACAAUCGAUUUUACAUUCAAAAAUCAUUUUUAAAGCUUUAGGGAUUAUUUCUUAUCUGAUUGAACCGAGCUUUGUGAUGUCAAACAUGAGAAGCAGCGGCAAAUUUUUGCAACUCAAUUUUAACGCCAUGCUGUUUAAAAAUACUUCGCUUCCGGCCACGCGUCAUCAUGUACAAGCUACGUAUGUUUUAAAGCCAUCAUGUGAAUAA